AUGGACACCACCGUCGUGGACGAAACGAAUCGAUUGAAGAGAGAGACGGCUUUUUUGUGCCCGAUGCAGUUUAGGAACAAUUUACCGCCGCCGAGGGCGUUGGAUUGGAAGUUAUUGCGAAGGAAAGGAAGUUUAGUAGACGACGACAUGAUGGCGGAACAUAACGUGGCCUUACUGUACGACGAGUUGAGGCGAUCGACGAGAAUGUUUUCGGAAGAUUUGGGGAUAAAUUUGGACCCGAUUGGCUCGGACGCGUUUCGAGCGGCGAGGACAAAAGGAGAGAUUCACCCGGACGAUUUGAUAUUAUUAGCCAACGAUUCCGCCAAGGAUAAGGAGACGAAGAGUGGAACUGGGAGGAAACCGGACGUUAAUAAAGCGAUGUGGUUGAUGAAUACGAAAUACAUUUCCGAAGGCGGUUUGUCGUUGAAGACGGGGAUAUCGGAAAAGUCGAAUUUGAUUUUAAAAAGGCAAAGAGAGUUGAGAGAAGAAGAAGAAAAGUUAGAUCCGAGUUUGAGAGAUUACAACAAAUCGUUGUCGGAACGGGAGAAGCAGAUCCUGGCGAUCAAGAAAUCGUUCGAAGCGGCGGAGAAGUUAACUUUAGAAACGGCGACGCACCCGAGGAACAAGAGUUUGAAACCGAUCUCGGUGACGUCGGUGUUUCCAGAUUUCAAGGUUUGGCCGCAAAACUUUGUGAGGUUGACGUUUGAUGAGGACCCAACGUUAGACGUGGAAGGCGUGAGCGACGCGGCGGAGAAUCUCAAGGAGAAAGCGAUGCAAAAAGCGCUGGUGAAACCGAUGAUGGUUGAAGACGAAGCCGGGCGGCCGGACAAGUUCAUCGCGUUACUGCUCCCGAAAGACGCCGCAAAUGCAGAAAAUGUAAAGAUAUUGGACGAAAACGAAAACGAAAACGGAACGGAGUACGAUUGGGUGAGAGAGUACAAAUACGCGGUGAAAACUGAAGAUAUUAACACGGUGUGCUUUUAUUUCGGUAAAGAUCGCGUCACGUACGCCGAUUUGAACACGAAGAUAACCUGUCAAAAGAAAGCGAAGAGCACGAAAGGCAGGGAAGGCCAGGCCUGGAAACCGGUUUCCGUGCACGUGAAGAAACGUAAACGCACGGAAGAGGAAGAGGAGAAAAGAGCGGGGAAGUUAGCCGCCAUAGAAGCUUAA